CGCAAACGGAUCGAUUUUGCCAAGCUAGCAUGGGGAGAAAGGCGUCUUGCAUCUCGCUUGUGAUCCUCGCGCUUGUGCUCGCUGCCGCCGACGCGAAGUCCGCGGCUGGCUACAGCGUCGACCAGGCGGCGACGAUGAGGCUGGAGGACGGCGUGGCGCCGGAGCUCGGGGUGGUGACGGCGGUGGACCUGGACGUGCGUCGCCACGUUCUGCACAGCAUCAGCCCACAAUACGUGCGGGAGCCCAGCAGGCCAGCCUGCGUCGAGGGGUGCGGGGCGCCCGGAGAGCGGUACACCGGCCGGGAUUGCAAGAAAAAGUACCAGUGCGGUUAAGCACCAGCACAGCGAAUGGAAGUCGGAAGGGUACUACGUACAGGCGCGUCAAUGCAACCUCCUUGCUGCACUGCCCGGCGCCAUUUUCAUGCAUGAGUGACAGUGCACUCGCGUUCCAUCGGUCCAUGUUCUGUUCUCAUUUCCAUUUUGCGUGCACUUCGAUACCGUGCCGUCACUACCGUUGUGUAUCUGUAAACUUUCCGUGCAGUCUCGUUGUGCAAUUGUGAAGUGCUUGUACAGUAGUACCGUCUGACGACUAUUGAUGUUCUAAAGUCAAGGGUGUCUUCUAUCAAGGGUGAACUGAGUGUAGCUUAGAUGGUAAGAUUUUUUGUGGCAGAACCAACCGACCAGAGUUAAAGUCUAAUACUCCCUCCGUCUAGGUGUGUAAGUCAUCUUACGUUGCGCUCCGUGACCAAGGUGGAGGGGAAAACGAGAGAACUUAAUGUGUUUUUGCUAAUUAAUAAC